AUGCCGCCUAAAUUUACACCACGUCUCAGAAAACAAAGGCACCGACAAAACCCAGACGGGGAGUCGGCUGAUACCAAUGUCGCACAGCUCCAGCCCGUCUCCAAGGAUGAGAAAGAGGAACGGCGAAAGAAGCUGAAGGGAGAGCUAACAGAGCAGCAUCCCCAGAUGUCCUCAAAGAAACAGAAGCGCUUGGACAAAUAUAUUGAAAACAAACUCAAGAAGGAAGAAAAUAUCGAAUUGUUGAAAAAGCUAGCGCAGACGUCUGUCGAUACUUCCUCUUUACAGAGUUCCCGAGAUCUUUCCAAGCGUAAGAGACAGGAUGACGACGUAUCUGCACCGGCCGUUUCCGCGCCGAAACACAAUGCACCCGCCGACAUCUCAGGAUACGAUACCGACGAUUCGGAUAUCCACCUAAAAGUCUCCGAUCCUGCAACAGAUCCCAAUGAACAAAAGCUACGAGAAGAGGCAGCUGCUGGAAGUGGACUUAAGCGACCAUUAGAGCUAGGAGCUGAUGGAUUCCCUGUUCUAAAGAAGCGGAAGCGCGCGCCGAAGAAGAAACCCACACCUGCACCGGUAAAAGCCGAGGUUGCAUGGGAGGGCUUUGAUUCGGGCGAGGAGGAUGAAGAUGAAGAUGAAGAUGGAGAUGAUAUGAGCGAAGGGUCCGAAAGUGAUAUAGAAGAGGACUCUGAAGAGGAAGAUACUUCAUCCUCCGAGGACAUUUCCGGGGAUGAGGAUGAGGAGGACUCUGAAGACUCAGAAGAUUCAGAAGAUGAUGACGAAAUGGACGAAGAUAAGCCGAAGCUCACGACUCGCCAAUCGGCCUUCAAAUCUUGGGCGGUACAACAGAUCAACGAAGCCGCAGGCUUCCAACCCACCGAGGGAGCCGUGACCGAGCAAGAGCAGGUGUUCGACCCGUCUAAGUUGCCAGCAACUCACAAUACCACCCAAGAAGAACCUCUCCCGCGGGAGCUUCAGGUAACUCAUGGCGAUCCCAACCGCAAGGCCUACAGUGUUGCGGUUGACCGUACAGAGGAAAUCCAAACCGCCCGUCUUGGACUCCCUGUUGUUGGCGAAGAACAAAAGAUCAUGGAAGCAAUUCACAACAACUCAGUCGUCGUCAUUUGGGGUGCUACUGGUAGUGGAAAGACAACCCAGCUUCCCCAGUUCCUCUUCGAAUCUGGCUUCGGCUCCCCAGGUAGCCCUAACCCCGGUCUGAUUGGUGUCACCCAGCCUCGCCGAGUCGCGGCCGUGAGUAUGGCGAACCGCGUUUCUCAGGAAUUGGGUCAACAUGCCGAGAAGGUUUCUUAUCAAAUCCGAUUCGAGUCUACGGCAUCGAAGAAGACUGCCAUCAAGUUCAUGACUGAUGGUAUUCUUCUACGAGAGAUCGCAGAUGACUUUGCCCUUCGCAAAUACUCUAUCAUUCUCAUUGACGAGGCUCACGAGCGCAGCGUCAACACUGAUAUCCUGAUUGGAAUGGUCAGCCGUAUUGUGGGCCUGCGCAAGUCUUUGAGCGAGGAGGAUCCGUCUGUCAAGCCUUUGAAGGUCGUCAUUAUGUCAGCCACUCUCCGUAUUUCAGAUUUCACCGAGAACCCAAGUCUUUUCCGUAAUGGUGCACCCCCCUUGGUUCAAGCCGAGGGUCGCCAAUACCCCGUUGCAGUUCAUUUCUCCCGCCGCACACAGCGCGACUACGUCGAGGAUGCGUUCCGCAAGGUUUCGCGCGGACACCGCAAACUACCUGCCGGUGGAAUGCUUGUGUUCUUGACUGGUCAGAACGAAAUCCGACAGCUUUCUAAACGUCUGAAGCAGGCAUUCAAACCUACUCAGCGGGAAGACACGACACAGGCAAAGGUGCAGCUCUCGGCUACCGAGGCUCCUUUGGAGGCAGAGGACCUUGAGUUAGGCGGCACCGAGAUGGAAAAUCCAGGACAUGAUGAUUACGACAGUGACAUGGAGAUCACUGGACUGGAUGAUGCAGAGGAAGACGAAGGCUUCGAACUCGCUGAAGGCGAAGAAGCCAUGGACUCGUCAACUCGCGUCCACGUCUUGCCUCUAUACUCCCAACUUCCCACGAAAGAACAGAUGAAAGUGUUUGAGCCGGCCCCAGAGAACUCCCGAUUGAUCAUCCUCGCAACCAACGUCGCCGAGACAUCUCUUACCAUUCCCGGUAUCAAGUAUGUCUUCGACUGCGGUCGCGCCAAGGAGAAGCAAUUCGAUCUCUUCACUGGAGUCCAAAGCUUCCAAGUCGGCUGGAUCAGCAAGGCAAGCGCAAACCAGCGAGCUGGUCGAGCUGGUCGAACAGGACCCGGCCACUGUUACCGAAUGUACUCCUCUGCAGUCUACGAAGGCGAGUUCGCCGAAUACACCGACCCAGAGAUCCUCCGCACUCCCAUCGAAGGCGUCGUCCUCCAGAUGAAGAGCAUGGGUCUUCAUAAUGUGAUCAACUUCCCAUUCCCCACACCCCCGAGCCGCCAAGGUCUCGCAAAGGCAGAGAAACUCCUCAAGAACCUCGGCGCCCUCACAGCCGAAGGCCAGGUAACCCCCAUCGGCCGUCGUCUCUCAACAUACCCCCUCUCCCCCCGAUUCAGCAAAAUGCUCCACAUCGGCCACCAACACGGUUGCAUGCCCUACGUGAUCGCCCUAGUCGCAGCCCUAGCAGUCGGCGACCUCUUCGUCCCAGAGAACCAACUCGACCCGAACCAACCACUGUCCACGACUGCCAAGAAGCAAGUCGACGACGACAGCGACAGCGACGUCGACAGACGAAAGGUCUACACGAACGCAGACCGUCUCGAAGACGACGAGCGCGAAAAACGCACCAAAGCAUACGCCCGCGCCCAACGCCUCUUCAGCAAACACGACGACACCUCCGACGCUCUAAAAUCCCUGUCUGCAAUCUGCGCCUACGGCUACGCCUCCGACGGCGACGCCUUCAGUGAAAAAAUGUUCCUCCGCGCAAAGGCCUUCAAAGAAGCAACCCAGCUCCGUCGCCAGCUCACCGAUAUCGUGCGCUCAAAUAACCCAGGCCUAGUCCCUGCCUACGAAGCCCGUCUUCCAGAGCCCUCAUCAAAGCAAAUCAAGGCCCUGAAGCAGAUCGUUACAGCUGGCUUCAUCGAUCACGUCGCUAUCCGCGCUGAUCAGGCGCCCGUUCCACCGGAGAACCCGCGUACUCCCCGUCGCGCCAUUGACGUCCCUUACCUGACCCUCUUCCGUUCCCGGGAUGGUAAGGGUGAGGAUCUGCAGGAACGAGCUGUCUAUGUGCAUCCGUCUUCGCUGCUUGCUAAGCUCUCACCGAAGGAAAUGCCGAAGUAUAUCACUUACUCGCAUCUGCAGCAGUCUUCUGCUUCGCUAGUCUCGGAUCAGGUUCCUAAGAUUAGGAUGUUCCCGCUUGUUGCGCCUAGUGGGUUGCAGCUCUCGGCGAUUGCGCAUGACACGCCGCUUAUUGAGUAUGGAAAGCCGAUUGGUAAGGCUGAUGCUAUUGAGGGUGUGCCGCCGCGCAGAUCUUGCUGGGUUAUUCCUUCUUUGGUGGGUGAUGGGGGUAGCGUGGGCUGGCCGAUGCCUGCUAAGAAGGUUGUGCAGAAGAAGGAUCCUAAGGAGGGUUGGGUUAUUGAAAAGUUUGUGGCAUAG